ACAACUACACACAGAGAUAGCUAUCUAGCUAGCUUCUGUGAUUAUAUGUAUAAAUCAAACAAGAACUAAAAAUUCCAAUCACACCCCAACACCCAUUCACCUCAAGAUAUUCUGCUAAACAAACCUCCAAGAACUAUAUAUUUUCAUGGAUUAAAGUUCCAACCCGAAAAUAUUAUGAUGUCGGAUUGGAUGGAGAAUUCAUGUGUCGGUAACCUCAACACCAUGGCAAAGAAGAAGAAAAUCAAGAACAAGAGAAGAUUCAGUGAUGAACAGAUUCGAUCUUUGGAGGUCAUGUUCGAGUCCGAGUCCAAAUUGGAGCCAAAAAAGAAAGCGCAGCUUGCAAAUGAAUUGGGAUUGCAGCCCCGACAGGUUGCGAUAUGGUUUCAGAACAAGAGAGCUCGGUGGAAGUCCAAGCACAUGGAGAAAGAAUACGCCAUAUUGUUGGCUAACUACAACAACUUGGCUUCCCAGGUUGAAGCUUUGAAGGAACAGAACCAAUCAUUGCUUAUCAAGUUGCAGAAGCUAAAGAAUGAGAUGAUGGGGAAGUCCGAGGGUCAAAUUCAAGAAAUAGCCCGGAAGGGGAUUACUGAUGAUGAUGGAGAAUCAGAUCAUACUAAGAUCCAAUUAUCUGAAGUGACAAAUGUAGGUACCAGAUCUCUGGAGGAGAUACUUUCAGAUGAUGAUAGCAGCAUAAGGCCAGUACUGUUUGGUCUGGAUGAAGAAAAUGAGUUGCUGAAAUUGGUGGAACCUGCAGCUGCUGAUAGCUCACUGACAUCAGCUGAAGAUUGGGGAAGUCUUGAUUCUGAUGAUCUGAUAAAUCAGCCAACUGAUCAUGAUUGUUAUCAGUGGUGGGAUUUCUGGUCGUGAAUAAAUAUGGCAUUAGGAAGAUUUUGUAUUGGAAUAAGAUUGGUCGAUUAAUUCCCUCUAUUGAUGUAUAUGAAUGGAAAUGGGCUUUCAUGGGAUUUUCAGUAAUUGUCAAGCGCAUGCAUUUCAGCAUCGGCUGAAAGUUGUACUGGAGCACGGAGGGGAGGAUUACGCCUGAGCCAUGGCAGGGUCACAUUCACUGGGUACUGAUGAUGUACAUGUAAUUAAAGAAAAUUCGAUUAGGAUUGCCAUCUCCAUGCAUGAUGAACUCAUGAGCCGAAAUAUAUAUUAAUGGAACUAUUUCCCAUUUCA